AUGCCUCGUGGACGGUAUCACCCUGAACGCCGUAUUAAGGCCAAACGGCUGCAGUACAACACGAACCAGCCGACGUCUUCUGCAGAUUUCGAAGAAUCCCCGGCAUCGUUUUUCCCUUCCUACCUGACAUUGAAUUUAGAGCCGUUUGCACGGGUUUACUCCAAAGUUAAUCGCUGCUUAAUAGCCUCUGUGAUAUCGUGUGGGCCCUCCGAUCGUCCCGCCGUCGGGCCGAUCUCUGCAUACAACUUGACGCCAGCCUCAGGUUUACCCCUCCUUCGACCGCCCUCCUGGCGAAUGCUUGUCCGCAUUGACUGCCUGUGA